CCACAGAAGAAGAAGACCGGAAGCUUUAAUGUUGUUGAUGCUGUUGAAAGAGAGUCCGAUUUAAAGCGUUAACCUGCUAGUCUACACCUCACUCAAAUAUUGCAUUCAUUAAUAAACUAAUGGAAUUAAUAAACUAGUAGUCGUGUGAAAUUCAACUAGCGAUUAUAUUGUGACUUAACUUUGACUAUGCUGCACAUCUAAAGCUAGCAAAUCAAGGCUAACUGACGCGCUGCUAACAUGGCCAGAUAUCGAGAUCCUCACCUCCCUCUGUCCUCUCUCCACCUCCUGAUUCCUCCACUGAGGUUGAUGUCAGCCUGUUUGUGGCAAGUGGCCCUAGAGCGAAAUGUAGACAAGUAUGACAAACUGGCUGAUUACAUUACAUUGGUGACAGAGAUUGUCCCAGAUCUUCUGAGCGACAAGCAAAGGAUUCAGCUCAUCCUGGGACUGAGAGCGAGGAUCAUUGUGGAGUUAUUAACAAAGGCAGAUCCAGUUGACUGUAAAGCUGUUGAGGAACACCUCAACCUUUUCCAAAAGAGCUGCAAUCAAAAAGGUCUAGAUCGACAGGUCAAGAUAUCAAAGUCUGCAUUUGUGAAGCAGGUUCAGACAUUACUCAAGGAUAAAUAUGAAAAGGAUACAUUUAUUAAAGAGGUGUUUCCAGAGCUGUAUGGAGCCCGGUUUGACACAGUGUUGCAGAUCCUUGUGUGGGAGUUCCUCUACCGGCUGGAAGAAUUCCUCCCAGUACCAAGUUUUUCAAAGGUGUCCUCCUUUAUUGACCUGUCCUCCUUUGACUCCCGGUUUGAGCAGUUUUUCUGUGACCAAGAUGAUCUGAAGAAGAUCCUGCAGCAUCAAAAGCAGCGAAAAAAGUUGACGAAAAGUGAAUUCUCCUUCAUGUCGGACACUAUCUUGUCCACACUGGCAUCUAAACAGACAUCAGAAGGUCACAUUGAAGGUGUACCAGAUGAAACAGGUGGAGACAGCACUGAUGAAGACACUAAUGAAGAGACUGAUGACAGUUCAGUUGAACUAGAGCCUUCAAACUCGCAGUGGCAGGGCAGAGGGCUGUCACCGCUUACUAACUCUCCAUGUUCUGAAGAGGGUGAUGAUGAUAAUGUCAGCAGCCUGCUUCCUCAAAGCAUCAUACGUUCCCAUCCAGUGUCUUACAAGACACAGAACUCAGAAGAUCUCUCAGGAAACACUACAGGAGUCCAGGAGAGCGGCAGCACUGGAGGAUUUAAGCUAAACUUAGCUUCCACUUUAAAGGACAUCGCAGAUCUCACCUGUCCCGUAUGUUACAAAACGUUUCAUCGACCAAAAGUUGCGAGACGUCAUUUAAAAGUUGCCCACCCGUCUCAGGUGUUUCGCUGCGAUAAGUGCGACAUGACUUUUCAGACUAAGAGUCGUCUAGACACGCACCUGGACGCUCACUCCAACGAGAAGCCGUACGGUUGUUCCCAAUGUGGCAAACGGCUCUCGUGUCCAAAAGUGCUGAAAACACACAUGCGACUUCACACCGGGGAACGUCCGUAUGCAUGCAAGUUCUGUGAUAAGAAAUUCGACCAGAAGUACGGCCUGACGCAGCACAUCAGACUGCACAAAGGAGAGAGGCUGUACCUGUGCAGUCACUGUGGGAAAACGUUUACGUUCAAGGGGGCUCUGCGGGUCCACACGAGGCUGCACACAGGUGAGAGGCCGUAUCGCUGCAAGGAGUGUGGAGAAGGCUACAUAACAUUCCAGAAACUCAAAAAUCAUCAAACGAUCCACACAGGGGAGCGUCCACAUUCCUGCCCCCAGUGUGGCAAGAGUUUCCGACACGAUUCUGGACUGAGGAGACAUCUGUUAAUUCACACGGGAGAGAAACCAUAUAAAUGUGUUAUCUGUGACAAAAGAUUUAAUUUAGCAAGCAACUUAAGGAAACACGUGAAGAGUCACAAAACAACAAAAAAUGUCAACGCACCUACAGAGUGAUCAUAUCAGUAUGGGUCUUGUUUGUGCCUCUGAUAUGUGGCUGUGAUGAUGUUUGAAAGUCAUAUUGUAGAACUAGCAACUAGUUCUAACAUCAUUUUCUCUCCAGAGUUUGUACCUGACAUUGUAUAUUUUUACAUAAUCAGUCUGAUUUCAGUGUU